GCGGUUCCGCCGCCAACAAUGGCUACGCCGUCGUCCUCUGACAACAUAACAGUUAUAAUGGACACUUUAGGACCAAACGAGGUGAGAGAAAACGCAUGGGAGUUGGUCACCGGAAGGAAAAGAUCAAUCACAACUAAUGAAAGGGACCCGAGAAAACAACUUAAAAAGGCUUUCUGGACAUUAUAUAUAGGCUGCACAGCUCUGGGAUUCACGUCAAUCGACAAGAUGAACAGAAUAGUGAUUGUUGUUGCACUUAUCCUCGCCUGCAUCUUCAGCUGCUACGGGUUGAGCCCUGACAUGAAGGCAGCUGUUGAUGAGUGCAAAAACCAACACAACCUUGAUUCAGAUCAGAUAAAAACAGCCUUUGAUAAGAAAGAAAUUCCAGAAACAGCUCAUGGAAAGUGCUUUAUGUCCUGCGUAAUGGAAAAAAUGGGUGUGCUCAAGGACGGUAAAAUUGAUUUGGAUAGGAUUUUGGAAAUAAAUAGAAAGAAAUUCAAGGAUCCAGAAAAUCUAGGAAAAGCCGAUGAAAUUGCUAACAGGUGUGCAAAUGUGGAAUCUCCUGACAGUGAAGAAUGCUCCCUAGCAACAGAGCUAGCGAAAUGUGCUCUCAAAAAUGCAAUUGAGCUUAAAUUAGAAGUACCAAAGGACGAAAUUUAAGUACCUAAAGAAAUUGGACUGUUCAUCUGUACAUUGAAAGAUUACCUUUAGUAGAUUAAACCAAAUGAAUACUUAUAUUUUUUAAUAGAUUACUGAUAACAAAUUUAAUCAA